GCGAUGCACCAAUCCCAACCCCUCUACUAGUUCCUAGCUCUCGGCCCCCCCCGCGGCAACUGACUAUGCUCAGGUCUCAGCCCUUCGAAUGAUUUCGAUCAUCAUGCACCUGCACGGCUGGGCUGACUGACUGACUGGGCUAGACUAUACCUACAGGGUAGGUUAGUAGGUUAGGUUAGCUAUGCGCCCGUUUUAGUUAUUUAGAGGCGCCGACAGCCUUGUCUUUCGUCUUUUAAUUUUCAGUUGUCUUGAGUUGCGUGCAUAGAGUUUCUGGGCAUUUUUAUCUUUGCUACUAUUUAUUAUACAUCAUCUCUACUGCCAUCUAGCUAACAAGCACAGCUACAUCCUAACUACUACUAAGCAUGUCCGAGCUCGUCCGCUCAACCACCUUCCAAACACCCCAGGAAUACUACGCCGGAUUCAAAUCCAGACCGAAUCUGCAAAACGCGUUCUGUGAUAUCGAUGAUGAAACUAACCUCAAGGCGUAUUUGAAGCUCUUGAAGGAUUCUCAAACGCGUAACUUUGUGCUCGACUUUGGGAAUGAUGAUGCUUGGUGUGCGGUGAAUCUGGGGCAGGAGGAUAUUGCGGCGAUGUUGAGGAAACCUAAAUCGAAGUGUUUUGGUACGAGGUGGAUUAAUAUCUGGGCUCCGGAGCAACAGAAGGAUUUGAUCAAGACCCUUACGAAUCACUAUGGUGUCUCGGAGCGGCUGCAGGGGUUGAUGUGUACGGAUCCGGUGGAACGUCCUUCGAAGCCUCCUGUGCCUUCUGAGCCACAGAGGAAUAAUAUUCGCUCGAAUAAUACCGAUCGCUCCCGUCGGUCUCGUCCAGAUGAUGUGGAGGGGAAUGCGCUACAGAACUUGAGACAUCCUGAAGAAAUUGCGGCAUUGGCGGCGUUCAGAGGUAUUACCUUUGGCAAUGUCAUUGAUCAGAUUUGGCACUUUUGCUCGGUGGACUAUGGUUCGAAGUAUACUUGUAUUGGGUACAAUUCGCUAUUUGUUAUUCCUCAAACAGACCAACAUAAUGGGAGAGAGUUGCCGGAUGGAAAGCGACUAUGGACCUGGUUGAUCUUAUGUAAUGAUGGAACGGUCAUUUGCAUGCAGGAAAAUCCAUUUCCUGGUUUGUCUGGGCCAUCGGAGAAGGAGCUGCAAGCUGUGCUCGGCGUAGUCCGCAGGAACAUCCAGCUCAUCUUUGCGGGAGUCUCAAAACAGCACUUUGCUUCGUCUGAAAGUGACUCGUUGGUUACUAUUCGAGUAAGACCGUUCUUUGAGGGUGGUCCAGAACAGGUGAGCAUCAAGCAAGAAGAUGGGCCGAGCUUGUUGUUCUAUUAUAUAUUCGAUGACUGGGUUUCAUCGUAUGCUCUCGUUGCACAACGCGAACAUAAAUACGGGGUAUCCCUCAACAGACUUAGGCAAGACAUGUUAUCGAGACCGGAGGUUGACCUGGUCCAUGAAUUACAUCGGCUGGGUAGACAGUUGGCCGUCUUGAGACGUCUCUAUCAAAGUUAUGAGCUUAUCAUGAUGCGUAUACUGCAGAGACAGCGUCUGCUGCGUGACGAGGCCCGGUCAAAUCGCCUUCCAAUGGCAAUGGGACAAAGCUUUGCGGAAAACGAAGUUGGGGAUACUCGCCACUCAACGAGGGAAAGUUUCAGCUUUUCAACUCUAGAUGCCGAUGUAGGUGUCCAGCUUAGUCCGCCUGCUGUAGCUCGAUUCGAACGACUGCUCGAUCGCAUCAAGCUAUAUUGUCUAUCGGAGAUUGAGAGCUGUCUGACAGAGAAGGAAAACCUCACAUUCCUUAACUUCAACUUAAUUGCCCUCAAGGAUUCGCAAGCCGUUGAGAAACUGACGCGAAUCACAAUUCUACUCGCCAAAGUGACCAUUCUGUUCUUACCAGUCAGUCUAAUGACUGGUUACUUCUCCACCGAGCUUCGCAACGUCAAGGGCGAAUAUACGAUCAAUCAGUACUGGGUCAGCUUUGCCGUGAUCUUGUUCCUGUCGAUGGUCCUGCUCUGGAUUUUUGGAUAUGCCAGCGACACUGUGGAAGGCAAGACGAUCUACCAAUCGUUGUCCCGAAGUUUCUUCCGCAUGUCGAGGGACCGGGUCUCCUACCGUAGAAACGAGACAUCGGGCGGCGCAAGCCAUCGAUCUUGACGCGUCGAGUUCUGUUGCGAUAAGAGAUACCCAGCCUUCGGAAUAUAUAGAGCUUCUUGUACAUGGCACAGCCCUGCACACGAAUGAACAUUACGACUCACA